AUGGAAGGAAUGGCAUCAAUAGCGUUGUUACUAGAUGGGUCAAUCUCGGGUCAUUUUGUUCAGCUUCCCGAGUCCGUUUAUUACCAGAUGGGUCAAUCUCGUCUUUUUGUCUCGACUUCAUAUCUCUCUGUAAAGCAAGCGACGACUUCAUAUCAAAAGUGGAGGUGGCAGCCUAAAGACUGUAAUUUGCCAAAAAUCUCUGUGAACGAUGUGAGUAAUGAACCAAGGAGAAACACACAACAAUGUAAUCAAGAAGAAGAUGUUCCAGUCUUGGUUGAUGCAAUACUUCCAUUAUCUGCAGCUGCCAUGGCUUUGCCACCUUUAUCUAUUCGAGGUGAUUUGGGAGUUGUUUCUACUGCUGGAGUUAGAUAUGCAUAUCCACUCCUAAAAUCAUUUGCAAAAAUGGGACCUCAAGGUGUUCUUGGUGCCACAAAGCUUUUACGCCCUUUUUCAGAAAUAGUUGAUUCAUUGGGACUCAAAGAUCCUUUCAUUCGAAAUUGGGUGGAUCUUUUGUCUUUCUUACUUGCUGAAGUGAAAUCCGAUGGUGUUCUUUCAGCAGAAAUGAUUUAUAUGUUUGCAGAAUGGUAUAAACCAGGUUGUAGUUUAGAAUACCCUGUUAGUGGAACUGGAGCACUUGUUGAGGCUCUUGUU